GCCAAGAUGCAGCCGCCGCACUGGAGCAGGGAGCAGCUUUUCCAGAGCCAGUGCUCCGCACAGCGGCCCCAACCCCACACCACUCCUCCGUGUGGCUCUUCUUCCAGGUGGGCAGAGGGCCUCAGCCAUUUCCUCGGUGGGCCUGGGGUCUCGGCCUGGCAUUUCUGGGUGACGCUGGGGUUGAGGGGCCUGGACCUAUCUGUUUCCUCAUCCUAAUCAGUACAUAGAGCAGGGGUAAGGCCCUGGGUUCUGAUGGUAACCUAGGAGUUCUUUCUCUGAGUGGGGAGGUCCUUCCUGCCUCAUGAGGGGACCAGCUGACCUGGAAGACCUUGCCUAAUGAUGAGAAGAGCUCUGAGCGGAGACUGUCCCUGUGUGCGUGCAGGGCUGAAUGGCCUUUCCCGGGAGCUCUGUCCGCUGUGCCUGCUCGGCGCUCAUCCGGGAAGGCCGGGACCCCAGAGGCUGAGCGCCUGCUCAGGAUGUCACAGCCACAGUGGGGCAAGGGUCAGAGAGGCAGUCCGCACGCACCCCACCUGGUGACAGGAGCCCUCCUUGUCCAGCUCCUGGAUGGUGUCCCCCAAGGCCAUGGCUGCCCUGCUGGUGGUGCAUGUGACUGCCCUGCUGGCUGCCCAGACCGAAGCCUUCAUCCCCAGGAUGCAGGAAAGGGAGCGGAGCAGAGGGCAAAAGAAAUCCCUGAGCAUGCAGCAGAGGUCAGAAGAAGCAGGCCCUCAAUACCCCUGGGAGCUCACAGAGGAAGAAGAAAACGGGGUGAUCAAGCUGACUGCUCCUGUGGAAAUUGGCAUGAGGCUGAGCGCCAGGCAGCUGGAAAAGUACCAGGCCGUCCUGGAUGCGCUGCUGAGUGGGGCGCUGCUGCCCACCCAGCCUGGUCCGGGGAGGGCAGGUGGCUGGGUCUCUGUGGCUUGGGCCGGGCUGGCCUCCCCCACCCUGGCGUUCCUAUUCCAGCGGGCAUCCGAGCAGGCUGAUUUGUUUUUCCGCUUUGCACUUGAGAACAGCUCUGUCUCCCUUGGGCGCACCCCAUCUCCCAGGGAAAUGGAUUCACAGAGGGGCUGGGGCUGCAGAGCCCCGUACUCCAGCGGGGCCCAUUCCAGGCACCCGGUGGCAGAGGGCCAGGACAAAGAGCAGCCCGCCCAGCCCCGCUGCCCGACACACUCAGCCUACCUGGCCAGCCGGGGGAACUUCAUUUCUGCCUUUUCCCCACCCAUCCUGCAGACCUAAGGCCUGCGCCCCACUUGGCCUGGCCCAGCCCGAGGUCUGCCCAGGUACUUGGGCAAAGCUAGAUCUUGUCUGACAAACAGCCACUGAUCACUCCUCCUAGUCUCUGGGACCAGGGAGAGGCCAAGGAGGAGGUGUGCUAGAGAGGAAACACUGGACAAAAUGACUUGCCCCAGGCUAGGAGAGCUCCCCCUCCACUCCCUCUGCUCACAGCACAGCCUCCCACCAGUGCCUGCUGGGUGCCCACUCCUCCUCCUCCUCCCAGCCCUGGCUGAGGCGGUGGCUUCCUGAGCAGACCUGCUGACACCGCUGAGCUGCAAACCUGUGCUUCCCACAGCCCAGUGACAGUGACAGCUGCUUGGGCAAUGGUGACCGGCAAGUGCCCACCCUCCUGAGCACAGCCAGAGUCCACGGCACGGCCUUGGGAGCAAAGCUCUCCGCAGAGCAGAUUCCUC